CAGCUACCUAGGAAUCUGCUUUCAGAUAAUUGAAGCUCUUGCAAAUCCUCUGCCACACUGUAUUUUUGAGACCCAAAGCCUCGGGUACUAUAUGGAGCUCCGUAAGAUGCAAGUAAAGAGAUUUCCUUUAGAUAUUAUUUGCGUUCCAAGCGUGUUUUUAGAAAGCAUCACCCUAGACUACCUAUAAUAUGGGGUAUCUCCACUAACACUGGAGGUGGGGACAGUUUUUGCAAUCCUUUUGAUUUCAUUUGUCUACCUAUGAAAAGGGGUCCAUGAUAAGUCGCGACUUAGAUCAAUCUACAAUUACCAAACGAAAACAUACGAAACAAACAAAAUGCGCUCAUCACGAAUAUCAAGAGACGCUUCGAAACUAUUCGAUCGUACGGCUGAGCCUAUUUCACCACCAAGACGAUUGACAAGGUCUGCGCUGGCCAAAUUCGCCUUUACCUCAACAGAAGAGUCCAAACCCACGCUCGCCGAUAUCGAAGACAGUGGAGGUCCUGCUCGUAAACGAAGGCGUGUCGUAGUGACCAAGACCGAAAUUUCGACAUCCGCUCAAGGCGUAAAGCCCGAAGUGGUCGACGAAGCACUCGAUGAUAUUCCAUCACCCCCAGCAAAAGUGCGACGGGUUCGUAAGCCCGCUCGCAAAGCCUUCGAUGCAACAACUGGCGAAACAAAGAUGGAACCUCCCUCAGAUUGGGAGGCUGUUUAUGAUACUGUGAGGAAGAUGCGGGCACCAGGUGGGCGAGCUUACGGCGCAGCUGUUGACACUAUGGGAUGCGAACGUUUAGCGGAUCGAAACGCAUCACCAAAAGACCAAAGAUUCCACACAUUGGUGGCGCUCAUGCUGUCGAGUCAGACAAAGGACACGGUGAACGCCGUGGUUAUGAAGAAGAUGCAAACUGAGCUGCCACCUUUUGAACCCGGGGCGCCGCCAGGACUAAACCUAAAUAACAUACUGGCAAUCGACCCUAAGCUUCUGAACGAGUUCAUCUGGGCGGUUGGCUUUCACAACAACAAGACAAAGUAUAUCAAGCAAACAGCUGAGAUUCUCCGCGAUAAAUGGGAUGGCGAUAUCCCCAACACCAUCGAGGGCCUCGUGUCGCUACCGGGCGUCGGACCCAAGAUGGCCUAUCUCUGCAUGUCCGUAGCAUGGGGUAAACAUCUGGGGAUUGGUGUUGAUGUGCACGUACAUCGUAUCACAAAUCUUUGGGGUUGGCACAAAACGAAGAACCCAGAAGAGACACGAACAACACUUCAGUCAUGGCUCCCACAAGAUCGAUGGCAUGAGAUCAACCAUCUUCUGGUGGGGUUGGGACAGUCAGUAUGUCUUCCUGUCGGUCGCAAGUGCGGUGAAUGUGAUCUUGGCCUUGAAGGACUAUGCAAAGCUGCCGAUCGAGCAAAGGUGUCUGCCGGACGCCAGCUCAAAGCCGAAAAGAUAGAAUCGGAGGCUCAGAACGAUACACUGGUCAAAACGGAGGUUUCACAGAACAUUGUAAUCAAAGAAGAGGGUGUUGUAUGAUGGGCUCUCAGGUUCUCAUGACAGACGAUUAACCCCAUCCGCGGCCCCGCCCCCGGAACCAACCACCCCAUAAUAAUCCCCAGGAUCGAAUUGCCUGGAGUCGCUGGCAGAAGUCGAUUUGACCACGUGUAUGAGCGCUUAUGAAGGCUGGCAUUGAGAACUGACAGAAAAGACUGCCCUCCAGACGCAUUAAUACCCAUUGAUACCCUAUUCUACAAAGACAAAGUUAUUAGUCUCUUGACGGCGCACUUCUGUGGUCUAGCCCAGAUGGCACUAUCGUAUGCGCGGUCUACAGACGCUCACGAGAUCAGUUAUGGGCCCGAUACGAUAUCGGAGAUAAGCCGGUAAAACAAGACAGGGUCCUGGUGGUUCCCUAAAGUCGCAUUAGAGGCCAGGCUCGAGCAACACGUAAUCAAGCCAAGACGACGGAUCUUCACUCCAUUCUGAGUCAAGUAGUCAAGCAAUGUCACCGCCUCUAUAGCAGCAGUCGACUGAAACCGUCCGUUGAUCGACGUAUUCCAAGGAUUACCAAAUCUCAAUGGACACAUUUCGCUUUGUGAUUGUGAUGAAGAAAUGAAUCAAUUCAGAGCCCGCUAAAGGAGGGGACAAUGUCCCCUUAUCAUAUCCUGUACGCCAACGCACCCUCAACUAUCCGAAUAGAAAUAUACACCGGCGAAUAACGCUAUGCAUCUAAUGCAGAUGCUGUCUCGGAAUCCAAUCUCAUUACGUCGUGGCCGUCAGAAUGCGCAUUGUGGAUUUUAGGAGCGACGCCAGUCUCCAGUCCGAACCAUGAUAUAGAUAUGUAAGGUGAUGACUCUCGUUGGUCGAUUUACACACCCCGGAUAACCUGGGUUCGUUCCGACUCGAGUUGUGCAGCGUUACGCUCGUGAGACUGCUUCUUGCACUGCAUGUGGGUUAGCGGGUCCGCAACCAUGGGUUGGUAUGAGAUACCGAACUUACGUCCUCGAGACCGGUACACUUGUGGUCUUCUAGUAGGCGGUGCUUGCCGCAGAAAUGACCUUGGCAAAAGGUGCAGUCGCCGACGAUGCGUUGAGCGGGCUCACGGCACGAAGCAGCGGUGCAGCGAAUUCGCUUAGGAGGCAUGGCGUUGUUUGUUUUGUUGAAUUUAUGGAAAAAGUAGACCUCUGAGAGAUGAACUGAACACGUUCUUGAGUCGGUGAGAGUUUAUGUUGGAAGCGGUAAGAAGUUGAACCAAGAAAGGUGGUCUUUCUAGGAAAUCGGAUGCAGCGACGGCGUUUCGAGAAAUCCGUGGAAAGUAAGAACCAAAUCAGAGAUUCAUUCACACAACGACAGUGACAGAAGAUGAACCGAUCAAAACAAAACAGAAGCUGGCGGUGGAAAACGAAUCUGGUCGGGGCUUUAUAAAGAGCGGCGAGGCGAGGCGAGGCAAGGCGGCUGAUGAAUGAAUCAUGCCUUGGUGGAGCCAGCGGCUGGUCAGUUCGCCUCCAGCUCAUCGCUCUCACCACAUUCAGGCCGCGGCCAUGGGCAGGGGGGAGGUGUGUAAGUUUGGUUGUUUACCUUGUUGAGUCCCAUCGUUAAAGAAGCUGUUGUCACACAGUAUGAAAUGCAUAGUCUAGUUUGUCCAUCCAUGCUCAGAUACAGGGACCAAAGCUUGCUUAUUACAGUAGCAAUGAACAACGUUGACCAGCUCGCCGUUUGUUUACACAUGCAAUGCAUAUGCACAAGCACCGUCAAAGUUUGCUCUGCGAUUUCCAAUUUGAUAGGCAAUUGGAAGCACAAUGACAAAGACACAACUGCAGAAGCCCGUGGAAACGCACCCCCCUCCAUGUCUCUCCCGUUUUUGGCUUACUGAUUAAGGGACACCCAUUGAAUUCGAUGGGCCACUUUUACCCGCAGAGGCGCUGGGUUUUGGGGGAACUGGAAUGACCAAGCCGGACCCGUCUCUCUAAAUCAACAGCGAGAAAAAGGGUUCUUGUUCGUUCACCGCGAGGCUCCGAAAGCGGGCGGUGGAGGCAAUAGAAUUGGGCGGGGCUGGCCGUGAUUGUGCUGAACUGAACUGAACUGGACCGAACUGAGACUUGGAAAAAGGGUCCGGAGAGCGAGAGAUGUGACGUCGAUCAGGUGGCCUAGUGAACUUGGCCUGUCCCGUCUUUUCAACCCGAGGCACAUGGAAACACAAUUGAGGCCGACGAUGGCGGCAGAUGGGGGAGUGAGUAACUCUCAACCCAGGCUCUUUCAGUCUUAUUGCAGCCGUGUCGUUGCGUUGCUUUUGUUACACUGAUGAGAUAUUCUAAGCAGAGUGCCAAUGGCUUCAUCUGAUGCACUGCUGCUGCAUCUGCAUUGCUACAAUGCUCAUCGCAGUUGCUGGGUGGUCCCCUUGUUUUUCGAGCCUG